CUCAACCUGGGGCUUGCCAAUCACCGAAGAGCUCCUCUGCAAAGAUGGACGUAGACAUCACAGAGACCUCAGUGACCUGCUGGCAGAAGAAACACCAAGUAGUUGGGACCUGCUCCAGAAACCACUACACUGCUCUAACUUCCCUCCUGCCCAGGUGGUGGUGUCCUGGGAGCAACAGGCCAGGGAGGAAAGGACCUGAGUGAUGGACAGUGAGGGGUCCAAGGUUGGUGAGGGAGUGACCUGGAGUCCACAAGUCCAGAAUGAGAAGACGGGCUAAAUCACCAUGGGACUAUCUACUGCUCCACUGAGGCUGUUAUCCUCAGAAAUGGGCUAGAACCUGAGGAAAGGGUGGUUCACCUCAGGGCCCUCCUGGAUGUCUAUUAGCCUCUUCUUUUCCAGAAUCUCCCUGUUCCUGGAGUUUCCCGGAUUGAGACCAGGCCAAAGUACUGGACAGCAAGGAGCAGGCUUGGCCUCAGUGACUAUUCUUUAUCCUGAAGUCUCUAGCUACAGAACCUCUUUGAAGCUGGGGUUCCCUCCUCCCCCACUUCCCUCCUGUACUUCUGUGGAGCAUCCAGCCAUUUCAGGGCCUGCCUAGGAAGAAGACAGCGUCCCAGGGGCAGAGCCAAGGAACAAGACACCCACCAUGGCCUUCCUCCUGAGGCUGCUCAGGUUUGGGACUGAGAAAAAGAAGGCAAAGCAUUACACCAACAUGAAACGAGAUGUGAAUCCUGAGGAUGUGUGGGAACUUGUGGGAGAGCUGGGGGAUGGAGCCUUUGGGAAAGUGUUUAAGGUUCAGAACAAGGAGACUGGGGUCUUGGCUGCAGCCAAAGUGAUUGAGACUCACAGCGAGGAGGAGCUGGAGGAUUACAUAAUGGAAAUUGACAUCUUGGCUGGCUGUGAUCAUCCACACAUUGUUCAACUACUGGAUGCCCUCUACUGGGAAGGCAAACUGUGGAUCCUCAUUGAGUUUUGCCCUGGAGGUGCUGUGGACGCCAUCAUUCUGGAGCUGGAGAAAGGGUUGACAGAAGUGCAGAUCCAAGUAGUCUGUAAGCAGAUGUUGCAGGCUCUGGAAUAUCUGCAUGGAUCCAAGAUCAUUCAUCGGGACCUCAAGGCUGGGAAUGUCCUGCUGUCUUCCGAAGGCUAUGUCAAACUUGCUGAUUUUGGAGUGUCAGCUAAGAAUUCUCGCACCUUGCAGCGAAGAGCUUCCUUCAUCGGGACACCAUACUGGAUGGCACCCGAGGUCAUCCAGUGUGAGACGUCCAAGGAGGCUCCCUAUGACUACAAGGCUGACAUCUGGUCCCUGGGGAUCACACUGAUAGAGAUGGCUGAGAUGGAGCCUCCCCAUCAUGAGCUGAACCCCAUGAGGGUGUUGCUAAGGAUCCACAAGUCCCCGCCACCCACUCUGCGCUACCCUGAGCAAUGGUCUGAAGAGUUUAAAGACUUCCUGAGGAAAUCCUUGGAGAGGGAUCCUGAGAGCAGAUGGUCUGCCUGCCAGCUCCUGCAGCACCCUUUUGUGUCAGAGGUGGAAGACAGCAGACCUCUACGGGAGCUGAUAGCGGAAGCUAAGGCAGAAGUCCUGGAGGAGUUUGAAGAAGAAGAGAUAGCCUUUUCGCCAAGUCGAGAACAUAAGCGCACCUUGUCCAAUGAUGGCAUUCCUCCCCUAGAGCCAGAGAGACCCUCAAAAGACAGGAAGUUCUCUUUGGAGAAGCCAGACAGAGGAGACACGGCCAACAAGGGUGUGCAGCUCCUACCUACAACUCUGGCCGUCAAAGGGAAUGACUUUAACCUGCAGGCCAGAGAGGAGAAUCAAGUAACCCUCCAGGAAAACCCCCGAGGAGAUUCUCCAAGCAAGCCAGUCGCUGGUUCCCUUGCUCAUUCUCCUAAUCCAACAGGACCUGGGCUCAGCAGGCAGAGCUCCAUCGGUCCAAACCAAAGCCUGCUUCGGCCAAGAGCCAGCCGGACUUCCAGUUUGAAGAAGCAGAUGAGACGCAAAUCUGCACCCAUGCUGGUUGCACCCACUGAAUCUCGAGGUUCCAUGAAGCUUUCCUCCAAGGGCCCUUCAGAUGUCUUGAAGCUAAUAAGACGAAGGUCAUUCUUUGGUGGGUUGAAGUCCCAGGACAUUCUUGACCCACCAGCCCAGGGGACUCCUGAGCUGUUGGCCACUCAAGGUGGAAAAGACCUUUUGGAAGAGCAGCCCACUUCCAACGCUAAGCCUCGGGCCAUGCUAGACUCACAGAGGGAUGAUGUUCUUCCUACUCCCAGGGCACCCUCCCCUGGGCCAGACACAGUGAUGAACUGUGCAAUAGAUAAGCCACAGGGGUCACAGCUUUUCACAAGCUCCCCAGCGAACCUCACUGGGGAACAAAAGGGACACCUAGCGAAAGAAAGAAUAACUACUGCUCAAAGUUGGACCUCAAAGACAGAGAGUCCAGAAGACAUUGACUCAGGCAUCCCGGAGCAAAUCUCUCACCCUGCCACUGCCCACCCCGCCACAGGAGACCAACAGCAGGUUAAUCUGGGUCUGGAAGACCCCACACUGACCAAUUCUACAUCAGGUCUGAAGACUUCAGAGGAGAAGCAUGAUCCCACGGGAAACCUGGAGAUUUCCUCAUAUGAGAGGCUGCCUGUUGGACCACAAGUAUCGAAUGAUCCCCUGUCUGAUAAAGAAAGGAAAGUGUCAUGCAAUCCUCACUUCUACUUGCAGGCAAGGGACUGGGGACUGCCGGCUGGAAGGGGCCAAAGCUCAGCAUCUGGAUGGGAUGUUUAUGUCUAGCCCUCUCGCGAAAGAUGAAAAGUCAGGAGCUGAGUGUAUGAUGAGGCUUUCAAUCUCUGCCAGACCAGGACCAGAUUCCUGAGCAUCCAGGACCCAGGGGACCCCAUUCAGACCAACCUGCCCAAUAAUACUGAAGAGGUAAUGACGGAGGAUUCAGGACACUACCCAUGCUGUCCUCAAGAGUGCUCCAGAUCAGGAGACGGACUGGGCUGGGGUACCCAGAAGCCAAAGGUGCCACUCAAUGCAAUACACUCCUCAUACCAAAAAGAAUCCUGCCCCCAAAAGCCAGAGGCAGGGGGUAAAGAUUUGCUGCUGAGAGAAACAUAUGAGGAAAAAACUGAGGAUGCCAAGAAAAACACGUCCCCAGACUCAAUGGGGAAAUCAAAGAGUCUCAGAGGGCAGAGGGCUCCCUCUUUGGGAGGGGAAAAUCAAGUAGCAACCGUACAGUUUGAAAAGAAUGAUGCACAGGCAAAUUUCUCCAAAGAUGAGAAUGAGAUUCCAGGAACAGAGGGUAAUGUUGUAGUGACCCCCGUGGAGACCUUUAUAAAUGUCAUGGGAGAUGCCCAACCUGGGCACAGGGACAAGCCAGAGACCUAGAGGAAGGUCAUUACAAGGAGCCUGCUGUAAAGCUGACUUGGACAGCAGAGAGCCUGGAGAAGCCAACAGGGUCAGGAAUCUCUGAGCCCCUGAGGGAUAGGAAGAAAGUUAAUUUUGCAGAAGGGAGCUUGGAAAAUGGGUCCAAUGGGGAAUCAUGGAGUGAAGGCAUG